AUGCCCGGCGGCGUGCGGAACCUUACCUUUACCCCGCUUGGAGAGGGGCGCGUGGAGGCCCGGCGCGAUCGCGAUUCCGUGCCAAUGAGCAUUAUCAUUGACAAGUCGUGCCGCGUGUACAUCACACAAAUCCCGUUAGAGCGCAUCGAGCGGGACGGUGCCAACGCGCUGCGAGCGGAAUUCGAGGCAUUUGGCCCUGUGGAGUCGUACAAGAUGUUUACCGAGCGGUCCGGACGCUUCAUUGGGAGUGUCUUGUGCACCUACCGCAACCCCGCAGACGCCAGUGCGGCGGUGCAGAACAUGGACGGGGUGCAGAUUGAAAGUAGUAUUCUGAAGGUGUCCCCCUCCCGUGACCACAGCGUUGUGCUUCUGCACCAUGCGGGGGCCAAAGGCCGUCACGGCGGCGGCGCUGACGAGGACGACGGAGAUGGCAAGUGGCAACACGAUCAGUACCAGGCCCUGCGGGAGGGCGGCGGCGAGUUGAUGGGCAGGUAUGCGUCCCAGCGCGGCGGUCGCGGCGGUCGCGGCGGUCGUGGUAGACGUGGUACACGCGGCGGUCUUCAGGGCGUAGAUGAGGCCUUUGAGCGCUACAUUGCUUCCCGUGACAAGGAGGCCCUGGAACACCGCAACAAACUGAGCCCCGGCGACGGCGAGGAUGCCCCCAAACACGAAGAAAUCGGCGCGGGUGAGGGGUGCGGCGGCACCGGCGACGACGGCGGGAGGGCGGCACCGGCGCCACUUGGCGGAACGCAUGGGGUUGAGCAAGCGGAACAGUAG